CCAUUUUGGCGCAAGGGAUGUACUAAAUUGAGUUUAAUGAGAAAUAGUAGCAAAAAAUAACUCAAAAUACAAAAGUCGCUGAAAAUUAAUUAAUUUAACAACUUUUCUUGUAGCUAUCCCUUUCCAAUCAAUCCAUAAACAUGGGUGAGCAGCCAAUAUUUACAUGCCAAGCUCAUGUAUUUCAUAUCGAUCCAAAGACUAAGAGAACUUGGAUAACAGCUUCUACAAAAGCAAUUAGUGUUAGUUUCUUCUAUGAUUCGUCAAGAAAUUUAUAUAGGAUUAUUUCGGUGGAAGGAACUAAGGCUGUAAUAAAUUCAACAAUCACUCCAAACAUGACAUUCACGCAAACAUCGCAAAAAUUCGGUCAAUGGAGUGAUGUGCGAGCAAAUACAGUAUAUGGCUUAGGAUUUGCCAGUGAGGCGGAACUGGGGAAGUUUAUAGAGAAAUUUCAUGAAGUUAAAGAGGCUACUAAAAAUGCUAUGGCAAAAGCAAGUACAAAUGGCAGUUCAGCAGUCACGCCAGUAACUUCUGCCAAUGCAUCACCAAUAACAUCGAGAUCAUCGAUCACUCAGAAUGACAGUUUCGUAUCAGAUAUCGCGGAACCACCAAUGUCAGCAUCUGGCUCAAUCAAGAACGAAAGUCCGCAACAUUCAAUUACUGCAAAUAAUAAUAAUACCAUAACUAAUGAUCAUAAAACGGUAUCGAGUAAUUCGUCUACCGAAGGCGGUGCUGCAAAUUCAGAUCAACAAAUGAAAUAUGAAAAUGAACGUUUAAAAUUGGCUUUGGCACAGAGUUCUGCGAACGCUAAGAAAUGGGAAAUUGAAUUAUCAACCUUAAAAAGUAAUAAUUUACGACUUACUAGUGCUUUACAGGUAAGUUCACACUAUUCAAACUAUACACGAUGUAUAAAUGGUAACGAUAAUGUGAUUUUGAAGGAAUCGACAGCAAAUGUUGAUGAAUGGAAACGCCAAUUACAUUCAUACAAGGAAGAAAAUCAGAGGCUGAAAGUGAGAGUACAGGAGCUUGAGAAUGCAAAGAGCGGAAGCUUAUCGAGCAGUGAAGCGUUGACAGAUGAUUUAAGACGAGAAAUAACGUUAUUAAAAAGUCGCAUUGAGGGUCUCGAGAAGGAACUGAUGAAUCAGGAAGCUGAAUUGAAAGCGACAAAAGUUAGCUUAAAGGAUAAAAAUAAUGAUCCAAUGAUUAAGAACUUAUCGGCAGUAUUUCAACAAUUUUCAAUACACUUAAGCGACUUGCAGAGCGUACAGAAAGAAAUGGAUAAAAUCUUUCAGUUACACAAGACGACUUGA